AUGUACAGUCAGAUGUGACCACCACAUACUCAAGUUCAGUUUCUAUAAACGAGAUCUCUGGUGGGCAUUCGGAAGCGAGCUCCCCAAAGCAGACUGACUCGCUGAGAAACUUCAGACAAGUGUCUGUUAACACCACAGAGGUCAUCAAUUCCAAGACUCCUCUUCGAGCCACAGUCUUCCCAUCCCCCCUUCCAGCUGCACGCACCCCUGGGUCAGCUGAAUGCACUGGAAGCAUGCCACGACAAAUGAGACUAACGACAAACCGGGCAGCUAAGAAACACAUUGGUGCCAAGAGGGUUGCCUUCAGUCCAAGAGAAGAGGUCAAAGAAUUUUUAGACGGUUAUACUCCUAAAAAAUACAAUGCUGAGGAAGAGAAACUGGUGCAGGAAGACAAUGAAAUCAUCCAGGAGAGAAAAAGGCGAAGACGGCUGAAGCUGGAGAAGGGGCAGAAGGAGCUAGAGGAGGCAAAGAAUGAUCACGAGAAGUUAACUGCCAGGAUGGCAAUCCACGAGCAGCAGAUCAGCUCCUUGAAACAAACUAUUGGGUGUGGUGCACAUGUGCACACAGUUCAACAGCAAAUCCUGCGUCAUCAGAUGCUGAUUGAUCAGGAGACAUUCCUCUGUAAUAAGAUAAAAUUACAGGAGGCUGAGGUGAAGGCUGUCACACCCUGGAAGUCUAGGCCCAAAGUCCUGAAGCCAAUACUAGCACCAAAUAUUUGUCCCCUCAGUCUCAACAAGUUUGAAGAUAAGAGCUUGCCUUCUGUGGGGACACAAAGAAAUAAAAUAACCAGAAAAGAUCAAGCAAACUUAGAGAAGCCGGACAAGCCUUUUGACAUGAAGGAAGGAUUGAGGAAGACAAAGAAGGUUAUUGUGCCAUCUGUGUGUGUCCCUGAUCUGGAUUUGAGCAAACUGCACAAUGAUAACUUGCCUGUUAUUGGUAAACAGGUGGAUAAAACAUCCACAAAAUAUCCAGCAAUAGUCAAAAAGCUGGACAAACAUUCAGACCCAGAAAAUAAAUUGGUCAACCAAUGGAAGCCAAAUGUGGUUGCUCUGCCAGACAUCUGUAGUCAGAAUGGAGAGAUAUUUAGAGCAAAAGGUGCUGCUACACAAAAGGCUCAAGAUCUUGACGGAAUAUCGGGUGUUGCAUUACUACCCAAUAUCAACAAGAGCACAAAUAAGGAGGUUCCCCAGGAGUACGCAAGCCUCAAGAGACGCCCCACAAAUCGUCCAGAUGUAGACAAGGCUAAUUUGAACCUCUGCAGAAAGAACACCCCACAGAUAAGUCACAUGUGGACAAGUCUGAUCUGAAUCUCUUCAGAAGGAGUGAUUAGAUACAAUUAUAUUUUAAUUGUGCAGCCAUGCCUUUUAGGCAGCACUCAGUAAUUUUUUUUUUAAUCAGAUUUUGAAGAAAAAAAUAUUUUAUACAAUAGUCAAGACAGGGUUUAUAAAAUAUUCUAUGAAUGAUUUUAUUGUUGUAUAAGAUUAACAUUGUCAAUAGUCUGUUCUUGGGGGUAGACUUUUCCAGAUGUCUUACAUUAGAACCAAAUUAUUUUAAAAUGAUUUUGAGACUCUGGAGGCCCUGUAGGGGCAUUAUUUUAAAUAUUUUUCAUUUUUAGACUCAAUCAGAGUUUUUUGCCUUUCCUUACAAAUUUUUCUCAUAUUGUUGAUUCCUUUUUGUUAAUUUACUCAUUUAAUUCAUACUCAAAAACUCAGGAUAUACCAUUUUUGUUGAUUUAUGUCAAAUUUUGAUACUACUUUACACUUUGUUAUUUUU